AGGGGCCCACAGAGCCUCAGAGCCCACGAGGCAGUAGACAGUGAGGAGGUCUGAGGCCCAGGGUGGGCAUCAGCCAGCCAUGGCUGUAGCUGAGACUGCCCGGCCUUCUCUCAGCACACUGGCCACCCUGGGCCCCUUUCAGGACGGCCAGGAGGACAUCUUUAAGUGGUGGCGCUCCGACGAGGCACAGGACAUGGGCCCAGGCCCCCCGGACCCCAUGGGGCUGCCCCUUCACACAGGCCUGAAGUCGGAGGACCCUCCCGGGGAGGACCAAGACGAUGAGAGGGACGUGGCCUGCGCCUGGGACCCAGAUCUUUUCCUCACCAACUUCCCCGGGCCCGAGCUUGGCGGGGUGCCCCGACCCUGUGCGCUGGCGCCCAGUGAGGGCCCAGGGGUGCCGUUCCCCCCGCAGCCUGAGAGUCUGGGCGCCUAUGCGGGCGGCUCGGGAUUAGUGGCUGGGCUUUUGGGGUCCGAGGAGCACGCAGGUUGGGGACACCCUGCCCCGCGACCCCCCACACCUGACCCCUUUGUGGCCCCAGCCCUGGCUCCGGCACCUGAUCUCAAGGCGCUGCCGCUGCAGCCAGGGUACCCUGAGUCAGGAGCGAGCUCCUCGGCCAGCUACUUUGCACGCACCGGGUUCUCGUUGCCCACGGGGCCGGGCGCCCCGUACGGGCUGCUCUCGGGGUACCCGGCGCUGUACCCGGCACCGCCACAGUACCAAGGGCACUUCCAGCUGUUCCGGCCUUCCCCGGGCCCCGCAGCACCCCCUUCUUUUCUGAGUUGUCUGGGACCUGGUACAAUGGGCACCGGACUCGGGGGGACUGCAGCAGACCCCAGCGUGAUGGCAGAGGCUGCGGUCCCCAAGCGCAGCCGGCGCUCGGGGGCGCACAAGAGGCAGGCGGCGCACACGUGCGCGCACCCGGGCUGCGGCAAGAGCUACACCAAGAGCUCGCACCUGAAAGCGCAUCUGCGCACGCACACGGGAGAGAAGCCUUAUGCCUGUUCCUGGGACAACUGUGGCUGGAGGUUCGCCCGUUCAGAUGAGCUGACCCGCCAUUUCCGGAAGCACACAGGACAGCGCCCCUUUGGCUGCCAACUCUGCCCACGUGCCUUUUCCCGUUCUGAUCACCUGGCCUUGCACAUGAAGCGCCACCUUUGAGCCCCACCCUGGUACCCCAAUAUUGCCAGGGAAAAACAGUGGAUUCACAUAGGGUGGUUUUCUCAAGGACUGACCCUUUCUUGGAUUUGCGGAACUCAUCUAUCUAAGCUCACAGACACACCUUGAGGGAAUUUUCAAUGGAAAACAUCUCUCCCCCACUCCAUCCAGCCAUGUCCUGAGCAACAAGUGCCAGACCAUCAAAUAAACGGACUGAGAUAGACCCUCAGAUCAGCUCACAGUCAGGUGGGAGAGUGGUGAAGUUUUCCCAGAGACCUUGGGGUUCAGAAGGGAUUUCAUGCUGUGACCCACAGAAAUUCCCUAUCAACUGUGCAUGAGUAUGGAUUCUAUCAAUAAGCCCCUCAUAAAAACUUGAGCUUUG